AUGCAAGUUCUUUUCUGCUGCGUGAAACUGCUGACCGGUGAAACGACUUGUAUCGAGAGUAUGACACGAUUCGCACGUGUUCGGUGUGUCGACAAUUUGGGAGUGGGUCAGAUGGACCUCUAUAAUAUCAGCAUCAACUCGCCGGAAGUGUGUGAAGUGGAUUGUGCCAGAGACCCCCACUGCAAGUCGUUUGUGUACGACAGCCGCCAACGCACAUGCUCACAUUACCGUGAAAAAGUAUCCCACAGCAGCUCAUAUCAUGACCAGAAAUACUUUCUUAUCUACGAAACGCGAGAUCGAUGUGGCCCUUCACCAGACGAGGAGUGUUAUCGCAUAACGCAGGGGAAAAAGACGUACAGCGGAAGAAAGGUGACGACCGAAUCCGGCCUGACCUGCCAGCAUUGGGCCACCAACGAUCCACACUAUAACUUAUACACCAAUCCAGACUUGUAUCCCGACACUUCGAUGGCUGCGGCAGAAAACUUCUGCCGUGUUCUUGAUGACUCCACGAACCCGUGGUGUUACACGAUGGAUCGAAAUGUCAGAUGGGAUUAUUGCGCAGUUCCUCUUUGCUUGAACUAAAUUUCCUCACACAGGCGUUCAGGCUUCUAUUUCUGUUGGAGCGACAGGCUGAUUUUUUGCCGAAUUAACUGAAAAUGCCCGAAUCUGGAUGACAACAUUUAUUUGUUUAAAUUAGCAUUACUGCCAAACAGCUGUAUAUGGUUGCAUACGAAUCACUACGCAUCUUUACAUGGAUUACAACUAAUAUUGUGAAAAAGUUUCAGACAAGCUUAUUUUGUUCAAACAUCUCCAUCGGUUUUGCCAGAAUUUGAGGAUUUUCUCCAGCACCGGGGGGUGGGUGAUCCCCCUUCCCCCUGUCUCGUACGCUUAUGUCUCCUCGGUAUCAUAGGCAAGCGCUCCACUACGGAGCAACAUCCGGCCCGCCUGCCAUUAGGGACAGAUGUAGGGUUGAGGGUGUACACCACUAAAUCAAAUCACAAAGACAACAGUUUUAGUAACAUAUGUUAGUCCCUCCUGAAUUUCGCGAUUCCGCGGACGCGGAAAAAUUUGCAGAAUUUGCACCAUCGUGCAGAAUAGUUGUUUGUCCGCGGAAAAUCACUUUUCGUGCAGAACACGUGCAGAAUUCAUAAUUUUAGGCCGUGGAAUUUGUCUUAAACACCGCAAAAUGUUCGAUGUUUCUGAAUUGUAACAUUAAACAUGGAAUUUUAAUAGUGUUUACUUUCCAUGCAGUAAUAAAUAGAAACAUAAAUCAUUUGUUUCUUUUCU